AUGAGAGGCCCGUCUCUCAAGGAUAGGUUAAAGUGGCAAGGUACAUUAUCCUUGACGCACUUAGUGAUUCCUUCAGAGUUGAAGAGGAGUUGGAAAGCGGUGGCAACUGAGGUGGCCGAGAAAGAUCGAGCGGGUACGGCAUUAGCGUUCAGGUGGCCACUUACGCAAGAGGAGAGAAGAGAAAUCAAAGAGCGCUUCACCGAUGCUAGGCGGAUAAGAGCUGAGGAGACCGCUGAGAUCGCGGUCGGGGCGGGCAUGAGAAAAGUGGCCCAGCUGAUUGACUCUUGUUUCGAGAGCGCGCUAGCGCCAGGGACCGUAAAGAUAUAUAGGAGAGUGCAAAAAGAAUUUUUGGAUUUCAUUCGAAGGUUCGGCGUCCCCGUCUCGGCCUUACACAAGCUCAGAAAUGUGUACGUAGCGCAUUUGAUCGAAAAGGAGAGGCUUAAAUCCCUUGGAUGUCAUGUGGCGGCGCUAGCGCACUUCUUCGGGCCCCUUCCAAGCGAAGAUGAAGAGAUCUUACGCGCUUUAUUGCGUGGGGCGAAACGAACUACAUCUCCUCCAAGGCACAGGAAGAAGGCAACUCAGAAGGACGUGGAUACGGUGAUCGCUUGGGCUCUGCAGAAGAAAUCCUUUGCUGGGGUGGCAGGAGCGGUAAUGAUCCUUUUCUUGUUUGCUGCCUUUCUGAGAGUGGGAGAGCUUUGCGAACUUCGCGUUUCCGGCAUUAGCCGGAAAGGCAAUGAUAUUUGGUGGCUGAAUAUAAGAAGGUCAAAGACUGAUCAGGCUGCCCAGGGUGCAAAAGUAGCAUUCCGAUUAGGAGAACAGGCCCUCAUACUUUGGAGCGUAUUUGAGAACUUACUUCCACCAAGUUCAGAACAAUACAUUUUUAGCAGAACUUCCAAAGCGCCCUCGAGGGAUGUCGUCGCUCGCCGUAUCAAAGGAAUUCUCGAUCAAGCCGGCCUGCAACACAGGAAGCUCACAACGCACUCCUUCAGAGGAGGCGCUGCUACAACUGCAAUACGAUCAGGACUCCAUUCAGCAAAUAUCAUGCGCGCGGGAAGGUGGAGAUCAACGGAGGCAUUUUUCUGCUAUAUCGAUCUCAGCCCUCUUUGA